AGGUCGGGGGAAGUUAGAUGGUUCACGGCAGCAAAGUAUGCUACAAAAUGUACCUCAGAUAACACGUGGUGGCCAUAUCAAACUCUGAAUUGCACUAUACAAUUCGGAUCGUGGUCACAUUCCGGUGACGAGAUCGAGCUUGUUACCAAUCAGAAUGUGUCACAGGCAAGUAUAGAUUCAAAGAAUGUCGAGUGGGAUUUAGUGGAACUUUAUAUAACAAGAUGGGAAAAUAGAUACAAAUACAAUUCGGGUUCGACCGUCAAAAUGCUUUCCUAUCACUUUAUUCUGAAGAGUCAUUCGGGCAUCAUACGCAUUGCGUACAUAUCACCUACCAUAGUGUUAAUGAUGAUGACUCUGAUGACAUUGUGGCUAGAACCGAAAUCUUUCGAGCGAAUGGUGAUUGCUAAUCUCAAUUUCAUUUGUCAUUUAUUGUGCAUACAAGACGUGCAUUGGGAAAUGCCAAAGAGCGGCAUUAACACUCCCAAAAUACUUUUCUUUUACGAGAGUUCUCUCGGGAUAGCAACGUUCGCUCUCAUCCUUACCAGUAUUUUGCGACACCUGCAAGAACUGACUACCGAGCCACCCAUGUGGAUCUCAGCCGGCACGACGUCCAUUUUGCGCAGUCAAUUUGGACGAAUUCUUUUAAUCAGCAUUCUGGAUCCUGCCGCGACAGCCAAAAUAGAAGCAGAUGUGGAUGACAAUACUGACCUCGUGCAAUCGAAUAGCAAAACAUCGCCAUGGAGAUAUAUUAUAGUGCUUAUAGGAUGGUUGGCAUUUCUAAGCGCAUUUAUCGCCUACAUUGUAUUGUUAAGUAUGUGUUUCCCUACGAACUAAGCUGCAACAUA